UCUUCCAGAAGUCAAAAACUUAAUAAUUUCAAGAUUAAAUAAAGAGGCUAAUAUGUUGCUGGAUACAGCAAUGACUUACACUUUAUUUGAAUUUGCAAAAGAAAAUAUUCAAGAAUUUACUGAUAUGCAGCCAGAUAACCUAUUACCAAAUGUAAAUGGCAAUGAAGAACUAACAGUGGAUAAAACUCCAGAACCACAGAUUUCGAGCAAGAAGGAAAAAAAGCCAAAACUCACAAAACAACAGAAAAGAAAAUUAGCCAAUCGAGUCAAUACCGAUGGUGAAUUGCCAAGAGGUUGGAACUGGGUGGACGUGGUGAAACAUCUCAGCCAAAUCGGUUCCGGUCCAAAAGUCAGCUCUUCGCAGGCGACAAAUUCCUGAGACUAAACCAAAAUGUGUAUAGUUUUAAAAAAUUUAAAUUAAUUCUUAGACGAAAAUUAUUAAAAAAAUACGUUAUUGAUGUAAGUAGUUCUAACAUAGUUUAUUUUGGUAAUAAUCAUAUGAUACCGGAAGACUGUAAACAAAAUUUUACUGAAAUAUAUUUAUAAAAUAAUAA